AUGCCAACUAGAUUAACUAAAACCAGAAAACACAGAGGUCACGUCUCAGUUACAACGAACCAAAGAUUACUAACAACCUUUAAAAUAUAUAUAUAUUUUUUAAACUUUGAUACAGCCGGUAAUGGUAGAAUCGGUAAACACAGAAAGCACCCUGGUGGUAGAGGUAUGGCUGGUGGUCAACAUCAUCACAGAAUUAACUUGGAUAAAUACCAUCCAGGUUACUUCGGUAAGGUUGGUAUGAGAUACUUCCACAAACAAAAGAACCAUUUCUGGAGACCAGUUUUGAACUUGGACAAGUUAUGGACUUUGAUUCCAGAAGAAAAAAGAGAUGAAUACAUUAAGUCUGCUUCCAAGACUAAUGCUCCAGUUAUUGACACUUUAGCUGCCGGUUACGGUAAAGUUUUGGGUAAAGGUAGAAUUCCAAAUGUUCCAGUUAUUGUCAAGGCCAGAUUUGUUUCCAAAUUGGCUGAAGAAAAAAUCAAGGCUGCUGGUGGUGUUGUUGAAUUGAUUGCUUAA